AUGGAAAAGGAAAACCAAACAAGUGUCCCUGAAUUUCUCCUCAUGGGUUUCUCGAGUUGGCCAGAGCAGCAGGCACUCCUUUUUGCAGUUUUCCUGUGUGUCUACUUAGCAGGGCUGUUUGGAAACUUACUCAUCUUGCUGGCCAUUGCCUCAGACCAUCGUCUCCAUAUACCCAUGUAUUUCUUCCUUGCCAAUCUGUCUGUGGUAGACCUCUGCCUUCCUUCCUCUACCGUACCCAAGAUGCUAUUAAACAUCCAAACACAGACUCGAUCCAUCUCCUAUCCUGGCUGUCUGGUUCAGAUGUAUUUCUGUAUGAUGUUUGCCAACAUGGACAAUUUACUUCUCACAGUGAUGGCGUAUGAUCGUUAUGUGGCCAUCUGUCACCCUUUGCAUUACUCCACCAUUAUGACCCAGCCCCUCUGCAUCUCUCUUGUGGGUGUAACUUGGGUAAUUGCCAUCUUGAACCCCCUCUUGCACACCCUUAUGAUGACCCAUCUGCACUUCUGCUCUAAUAAUGUCAUCCACCAUUUCUUCUGUGAUAUCAACUCUCUCCUCCCUCUGUCCUGUUCUGACACCAGUCUUAAUCAGUUCUUGGUUCUUGCUGUGGUAGGGCUAAUCUUUGUGGUACCUUCAGUGUGUAUCCUGGCAUCCUAUAGCCUCAUCAUCUCUGCUGUGAUGAAAAUCCCUUCUGCCCAAGGAAAACUCAAGGCUUUCUCCACCUGUGGAUCUCAUCUUGCCUUGGUCAUUCUUUUCUAUGGAGCAAUCACAGGGGUUUAUAUGAGCCCUUCAUACAACCAUUCAACUGAAAAAGACUCAGCUGCAUCAGUAAUUUUCAUGAUCGUAGCCCCUGUGGCGAAUCCUUUCAUUUAUAGUCUACGGAACAACGAGCUGAAGGGGGCUUUAAAGAAGGCUCUAUGCCAGAGCAAGAUCUCCCAGUGAUUCACACUGGCCGAAAGGAGUUUGACAGAAAGCAAAUCCUAAUGAGAUCAUUAUUUUCAUUUUCAUCAUAAUCACAAAGUUGUUACUAAACAC